CGCGACCUGCGCUUCCUGUCCCGCGGCUUCGAGGUGGAGGAGGCGGGCGCCGCCGGACGCCGCGGCCGGCCGGCCGACCUGUGCUUCUACUCGGGCCGUGUGCUGGGCCACCCCGGCUCCCUCGCCUCGCUCAGCGCCUGCGGCGCCGCCGGCGGCCUGGUUGGUCUCAUUCACCUUGGGCAGGAGCAGGUGCUCAUCCAGCCGCUCAACAACUCCUGGGACCCCUUCAGUGGACGAGAGCAUCUGGUCAGGCGCAAGUGGUCCUCAACACCCGGCCCCUCUGCCGAGGUGCAGGUCCCUGGGCAGCGUUGCAAGGUUCUAACAGGACAUAAGAAGUCGAGGAAGGACAGGCCCUCGAGGGACUGGCGUGAGCGGAGGAAUGCCAUCCGGCUCACCCACGAGUACACAGUGGAGACCUUGGUGGUGGCUGACGCCAACAUGGUCCAGUACCAUGGGGCAGAGGCAGCCCAGAGGUUCAUCCUCACCGUCAUGAAUAUGGUAUACAAUAUGUUUCAGCACCAGAGCCUUGGAAUUAAAGUUAACGUUCAAGUUACAAAGCUUGUCCUGCUACAACAACGUUCUGCCAAAUUGUCCAUUGGGCACCAUGGUGAGCGGUCCCUGGAGAGCUUCUGUCACUGGCAGAAUGAGGAAUAUGGAGGAGCACGGUAUCUCGGCAACAACCAGGUUCCAGGAGGGAAGGAUGAUACCCCCCCUGUGGAUGCGGCUGUCUUCGUGACCAGGACUGAUUUCUGUGUUCACAAAAAUGAGCCAUGCGACACCGUUGGAAUUGCUUACUUAGGAGGUGUGUGCAGUGCUAAGAGGAAAUGUGUGCUUGCCGAAGACAAUGGCCUCAAUUUGGCCUUUACCAUCGCUCAUGAGCUGGGCCACAACUUGGGGAUGAACCAUGACGAUGACCACUCGUCCUGUGCUGGGAGGUCCCACAUCAUGUCAGGAGAGUGGGUAAAAGGCCGGAACCCCAGCGACCUCUCGUGGUCCUCCUGCAGUCGAGAUGACCUUGAAAACUUCCUCAAGUCAAAAGUCAGCACCUGUUUGCUGGUCACGGACCCCCGGAGCCAGCAGGCGGUGCGCCUCCCUCACAAGCUGCCGGGCAUGCACUACAGUGCCAACGAGCAGUGCCAGAUCCUAUUUGGCACCAACGCCACCUUCUGCAGAAACAUGGAGCAUCUGAUGUGUGCCGGUCUGUGGUGCCUGGUUGAAGGAGAUUCAUCCUGCAAGACCAAGCUGGACCCGCCUUUGGAUGGCACUGAGUGUGGGGCAGACAAGUGGUGUCGCGCCGGGGAGUGUGUCAGCAAGACGCCCAUCCCAGAGCACGUGGACGGAGACUGGAGUCCGUGGGGCGCCUGGAGCAUGUGCAGCCGAACAUGCGGCACGGGAGCCCGCUUCCGGCAGAGGAAAUGUGACAACCCCCCUCCUGGACCUGGAGGCACGCACUGCCCGGGAGCCAGUGUGGAGCACACGGCCUGCGAAAACCUGCCCUGCCCCAAGGGCCUGCCCAGCUUCCGGGACCAGCAGUGCCAGACCCAUGACCGGCUGAGCAGCAAGCGGAAGGGCCUGCUGACCGCAGUGGUGGUUGAUGAUAAGCCCUGUGAACUCUACUGCUCGCCCCUCGGGAAGGAGUCCCCGCUGCUGGUGGCCGACAGGGUCCUGGAUGGCACACCCUGCGGGCCCUACGAGACGGACCUCUGCGUACACGGCAGGUGCCAGAAAAUUGGCUGUGACGGCAUCAUCGGGUCGGCUGCCAAAGAAGACCGGUGCGGGGUCUGCAAUGGGGAUGGGAAGACCUGCCGAGUGGUGAAGGGGGACUUCAACCACACCCAGGGCUCAGGUUAUAUUGAAGCCGCUGUCAUUCCUGCCGGAGCUCGGAGGAUCCGCGUGGUGGAGGAUAAACCUGCCCACAGUUUUCUGGCCCUCAAAGACUCCAGUAAGAGAUCCAUCAACAGCGACUGGAAGAUCGAGCUCCCGGGAGAGUUUCAGAUCGCUGGCACGACCGUCCGCUAUGUCAGAAGGGGCCUGUGGGAGAAAAUGUCUGCCAAGGGACCAACCAAGAUACCGCUGCAUCUGAUGGUGUUGUUAUUUCACGACCAGAGUUACGGAAUUCAUUACGAAUACACGGUUCCAGUAAACUACACUGCAGAAAAUCAAAGUGAACCAGAGAAGCCCCAGGACUUGCAGUUCAUCUGGACUCACAGCGGCUGGGAAGGGUGCAGCGUGCAGUGUGGAGGAGGGGAACGCAGAACCAUUGUGUCUUGCACGCGGAUUGUUAACAAGACCAUGACCCUGGUGAACAACAGUGACUGCCCUCCAGCAAGCCGCCCGGAGCCCCAGGUCCGGAGGUGCAACUCACAUCCGUGCCAGACAUGGUAAGGAGCUUGCUUCUGUAGCUUAGAUCCCUUGGGCCUUGUGGCAGUACUGCCCGUGAAUGGGGAGACAGAAACACCAUUUACACC